GAAUUUAUUUUGUGAGUAAUAAUUAAAAAUUAUAAUUAAAUCAGUGUGUUGACUCAUAGUAACAAUUUUGACACAUGCGCUCAUUGGUCGACGCACACGUAUAGCCAACUCUUAAAUAUUCAGUGUCGUUCCGGUCGCCGUUGUGGACUCGGUGAAGUUAGUAGUGGGAUUUUACGUGUUAUAACAUCAAAAAAUGGCGUCUGGCGUGACAGUAUCGGACGCUUGCAAGACGACGUACGAGGAAAUAAAGAAGGACAAGAAGCACCGCUACGUGGUGUUCUUCAUCCGCGACGAGAAACAGAUCGACGUGGAGACGAUAGGCGAGCGUAACGCGGAGUACGACCAGUUCCUCGAGGACUUGCAGAAGGGCGGCACCGGGGAGUGCAGAUAUGGACUAUUCGACUUCGAAUACACGCACCAAUGUCAGGGCACAUCAGAGGCCAGCAAGAAACAGAAGCUUUUCCUCAUGUCAUGGUGCCCCGACACCGCCAAGGUUAAGAAGAAGAUGUUGUACUCCAGCUCCUUCGACGCGCUGAAGAAAUCGCUUGUCGGCGUACAGAAGUGCAUCCAGGCGACCGAUCUCUCUGAGGCUUCGCAGGAGGCCGUGGAAGAGAAGUUGCGCGCCACCGACCGCCAAUAAACCAAGCAUUUAACCUACCGCCAUUACCGAGUUGCCGCGGACCGCGGGAGUCGUGGCGUGUGCGGUGUAAGCCCCCCAUGCGGUACACCCCUCUAGCGGCCGCAAACCGCAACACGAGUCAUUCUCGCACCAGCAGUGGCGCACGUCGCACAUGUCAAAGCCCGCUCCCGCAACGCGCUCUCUUGGAUUUAUUUCUAUUAUAUUAUUUCAAUUAGCUUUCUGAUGUCAAUGCGGCGGCGGCGCUGCUCUUAAA